UUGUAUUGUCAGUUUUGUGAACAAGAGUACAUUGUUGAGUCUAUAGGGCAGGCCAGUCAUGGAUGGCUAGAAUAUCGUAGCAGGGUUUGCUAUGCAGGGGUGUGCCUAACUGAUCGUGAAGUAACGAAUACGAAACAAGCACGAGUCACCAAUGGAAUCAAAGACACUAGUCUUUUCCCAGGUAAAACUUCCACUAUUUUUUUCAAAAUUGGACAGGAAUGCUCUAGAUACAAUGGGUAUGAGGUUUCCGGUGUUGUCGAAGCAUUUGGAAGUGAGAGUAUACCAGAAGAAUAUGACCUCAAAGUUGGAGAUAAAGUUAUAGUAUGGCCUACGGAUGAAAUGUGUAGUCAUGGGUAUGCUGAUUAUGUAGCCGUCCCUACUCUACAUUUUCUUGUGAAAAUCCCAGACUCACUUUCAAUGCACGUCGCAUCAAUCCUUCCUGCUGGUGCUACUUGGGCUCUGAGUGCUGUUCUUCAGGCUCGCCCUAUUGUCGAAGCAUUCUCACAGUCGAAGGGCUUCUGCAACGUUUUGGUUGUUGGAGCUGGUGGUCUUGGUCUUUGGCUGCUCAAACUUGCGAAACACUUUCUUGUGGCGCAGCAUGACAGAGGAAGCAUGGAACAGCUGAAAAAUCUAGUUCAUCUGAUCGCUGGUGGCCAGAUUGAAGCACCUGAUUACCGAGUUUAUCCAAUGAAUCAGGCUUCCCAGGUGCUGCCGUUGGCACUACUGGAACCUCUGAUUUUAUUUGUGUUCACUUGUAGAACACUUUCAUUGAGCGUACUGAAGCAAUUAUCAAUGUCGGAAGUUGAAGGACGAGCCAUUUUGGAGGUUUGCGAUCCUGAGGCAGCUCUGGACCCUUCGAAGGCUGCAGCUGAUAAAGAAUGA